AGCGGUCAUGGCGGAGGCUCUGGAUGUCCAUCUGUCUGGACGCAGAUAGCUUCUGAUCUGAGGUUGGACUUUGCUGGAUGCAACGACCUGGCCAGAUCAGCGAUUCGAUUCGCGUUCCAUGAUGCGGCUGGCUACUCUGUAAAGAACCCAACCUAUGCCCCAGCGUCUGGCGGCGCGGACGGCUCGCUACUGUUGAAUGAUGAGGAGAUAUCUCGGCCAGCGAACAACCCUUUGAAGCAGAAUUACCGGGAUAAAUAUCUCCUUGCGAAAUACAACCAAUACAAAUCGAACGGCAUCUCCGCUGCCGAUCUCGUGCAAUUCGCUGGUAGUGUAGGCACCCGAAGUUGCAGAGGCGGCCCGAUUGUGAGAACGGUGGUCGGACGAAACGAUAGCACAACAGCAGCACCAGACGGCCUCCUUCCAAACGCUUUCGGUCCAGGAUCGGACGCAGACACACUACUCGCACUUUGGGCCGACAAAGGUAUCAGUGCCAGAGAGCUGGCAGCACUCAUGGGAGCGCAUUCCACGUCCAGAUCUUUCAGUGAAGAGGCGAAUGGCAUUCCAGCUGGAGGACCACAGGACUCCACUCCAGGAGUUUGGGAUGUCACAUAUUACCGUCAAGCACAAGAACGGAGGAAUCCUCCAGGGGUGUAUCGUUUCAACUCGGAUGUGAACCUCGCGAAUGCUUCGGCCACUGGUCCCUCGUUCACGCAAUUCGGCCGCAAUCAAGGCUUGUGGGCGAAUGAGUUUUCGGCUGCGAUGGCUAAGCUGAGCGUGGCUGGCAUACCAGCAAGCACAGUGGCAGGAUUUGUAGACUGCACG